AUGAUUCUCCUUUUACCCAUCUGGGGAGUCCUUGCUACCAAUUCACAAGAAACACCUACACAGACCAUUACUCUCCCUGACAUCAAGUCUGAGGUGCAUUACAGGGAAGUUGGGGAAGGAGGAAACAAUACAGCAGUCAGUGUUUUCCUGCUUCAUGGAGCAGCAUUCACUUCAGAGACUUGGGAAGAGAUAGGCACUUUGAAACUUUUGGCUGACACUGGCUAUAGGGCUAUAGCUAUUGACCUCCCUGGAGCUGCAAAUUCAAAAACCAAAGGAUACCUUCCAAACAACAAGAGAGGCAAUUUCCUCAAAUCUUUCAUGGAUGCUGUGGAGCUGGCACCUUCUGUGAUUGUUGUGCCUUCAAUGAGUGGAUCCUUUGCCUUUCCUUUAUUGAGAGAUCAUCCUGAAUACUUCCAAGGCUUUGUUCCUAUUGCACCUGUGUCAGCAUCUCUGUCUGCUGCAGAGCUAGCAGAGCUUGAUAUACCUACACUCAUCAUUUAUGGGACAAAAGACACAUAUGGAGCACGCAUAAGUGGGAAGCUGCAAAACAUACCUGGCAGCACCAUUCACAAAUUGGAAGGAGCAGGACAUCCUGCAUAUCUUCAGCCAGGCACUCAGGAAUUUCAUGAAUUGCUCCUUGGAUUCCUUGAUGACCUCACACAUGCCUACUCAUCUGCUCAGUGA